AUGGCUUCAACAAUAGAUGCAGGAGAGAACCAUCUGAACCCCCUUCCACAGCACUCCCCCGAGUUCAGCAAUCUGGAGAUACGAGGUACCUGGAGCGGCGAUGAGCUCGAUCCAGUGAAUCUCAGACUCUCGCUCGAGGUUCAAUGUGUGCCAAAUACGGAACUACAGCUUCUCAACACCAGAUCCACAAGCAUAUCCUUGGUCAAGGCCUUCUCUGUUCGCCUUCAGUCCGAUGGACUGGGCCAGGAGAAUCACUCAAGUGAAAGUUCACCUCAGAGUCCAUUGUUUGCCUUCUCUGCCCCGGUUUCUGAUGAUGGAGCCAAGGGUCCCUCUACAUUCCCGGUAGGUAUCUCGGCAAAAGGACUCAGCACCGCAGGCAAGGAAUCAUCUACUGGUCUUUCGAAAGAGACAACGCCAACCACCGAGAAUUCCAUGAGGCUUUCGGACAGCCUUGAACUUGGGUCUUUGUCGCUUUCCUUCUCUCCACCCAGGUUCUCAUCUGGAAUGCACCUGAACGUGGCAAGAUGUGCUGAUUGGAUCAGGACGCAGAACCUGGGAAAGAAGAGGAGUGCCUCCGAUGCAUGCCUUACUGAUUCCAGUUCUGAUUCAGAAAAGAACAAGACUCCUAGUAGGAAACCCUCUGCAAAGAGCGCUGUUAGUAAGUACAGCAGCGCUGCCGAGUCGACCCCCGAGUCUGAUGACGGGUCAGUUCGAACCCCAUGCAAGACAACAGAUAGGGGAGCCAUUUCUAUUUUAGAUCAGUCUCCACCACGAGCCUUCUGUGAGAGACAUUCCAGAAAGCACAGUAUGAUUCCCAAGCGGGUCUCUCGGCUGCAGAAUGACCCAGCAAAACAAGCAUCUUCCAGCCCUACGUUUGGACCUACCUCGAACAUUUUGGAUGACAAGCAGCUCUCUGAAAAUGGAGAUUUUCCCACUCCUACAAAGCCAAUCAAAAUUCAGCCACCCCAUGACAAGGGAGAAGGCCAUGGCUCUUUCAGUACGACCACUACUGCGACAACUUCAAAUCCUUCCCAGGCGGUUGAAUCAGUUGCUACCGAAUUGACCAACAUCACCAAGUCUAAUUCAGAUAGAGAUUCAUCUCAGUCGAGUCUUGGUCUGAAAACGCUCCUAGAUAGUCAUCUCAUUGAUUUAGAACCCGACGAACAACCGACAACAAGUGCCAUAAAGCCUACUACACCGGAACCUUCGAGUCCGCCACCGCGUGAAGACGUGAUUGCACCGCAGACUCCAGUCUCGAAGGGUGACGCUACUACUUGGGUGCCAGGUAGUGGUCACAAGCAUCGCCCAUCAUGCGAUUGUGAUGAUUGUCAGCCUGGCAUGAGCAAGCCUCAAGUUGAGAUCGAUGGCGGAAUCAUCUUUAUUCGGAACCCUGCAAAGGUCAGGCCAGCGACAUACAAGGUUGCCGUCACACUUUCCGUAUUCCUUGAGAACGGGAAUCCAAAUGGUUGGAAUGACUUGGUUAUACCAGGCCUUCCCAGAAUGAGGGCAGGCGAGAAUGCAUUCUUCGUAUUCCUCAUGCCCGAGAACCAUGGCUUAGAAUUUCGCACGACAAAUUUGCAGAGAUACAAGACUGUUGAGAACUGUUUUUGCGCUGAAUUUGUCAACCAAAGAGACCUCAUCGUUCCUCUACGUGUCUGUGACCAGAGAUUCUACGGUAUUGUCAAAGACUUCACGGUAGAUCAGGAGAUCCGAGCCGAACAUACAGUCGUUGCCAAUAUAGAAGGGCCUGGGAAAGCCCCUCGGCCCGAUAUUGUGGUCAAAUACACAGCGAUGUGUUCCUUGAGGCUGCACAACCGUUUUUUUUGGGCAGAAAAGUGCUGCUUUUUCCUCCGUUUAGAUGGCGGUCCUGAGGGCUGUUUUCGCUGCCAACUCAAGUCUCAGAAAACGGACCUCCAGAUGAUUCAGUUGCAGGCAAGGGAUGAUGCAAUUGGUGUCUCUCACAUCCAAGUGAUUUGCUCGCCUAGAGAUCUAGAAAUGUUUGGGAUAACUUGGGAGGUCAAUCUUCGUGGUCGUCAAGCUAUGAACUGGCUGCCCCGGAUUUAUCCUGUCUCUUCAACUUCUUGCGAAAGUAAUAAAAACAAUCUUCGGCAAAUCUUUACCGAGUUGGAGGCGGGACUCCGCCGAAAAAUAGGGCACGAACCUGUGAGGUUGACAGACGUGGAUGAUGGCAAUGACAACGCUUUUGAAGCGGAACACAGCACAGAGAAACAAAGCGCGGAAGACGAUGACAGGUGUCCUGAACAACCCUCAGAACUUCCCUUUGAAGAACAGGACUCACCUGUUGAGAUGGGCCAUCCUUCGUUGAGGACAUCGAUCACGGACUCACGGGUUGAACUUCUCACAUACUGGAAGCAAUACCUGAUCACAACCUUUUGUGUUUCUGUGAUUUGGUGUAUAAUCUCAGUGACAUUAUAUACUCCUACCUACUCUAAUGCGUUCAAUGGCGCUCUGAACGAAACGGGUUUGAAUGUCCCUCCCCCCAUCGCGCCUGUGGAUCUGAAUUCUUUCGGGGCAAGUCCUAGUCAUGGAGGCACGGGUCCUGAGCUAACCCCGUCUAAACGUGAUGUCAUCACAGAGCAAGCCACUGAGAGCCAAUCGCCUGAAUCUUUUGAGCAGGGUUCGAAGACCAACACGGCUCAAAAUGGGAAUCAUCCAGCCGCGGAAGACAUCCAGGAGGCGUCAGAGCUGGUCGGCACCUCAGUGAAGGGUUCUGGUUCGAUUUCCAAAGUGCCGGGAGAUCAAUCUGUUCUCUCUCUCCGUGACAGAAUUGAUUAUUGGCUUGGUUGGAGGGGUCCAAUUCCGGAUGAGCUUUAA